AUGUAUCGCUUUUUAUUAUUUGGUUCAGUAAUUGUUUUCGCUUUGUUCAUCCCAAAAGAAGAAGCAGCAACCAAGUGUCGUUCACGAUUGAAUUGUACGCAACCAAAUGCAUCAUUCUGUUGCAAGGAAAACAGCGCCUGGUACUCCCCUUUCGUAUGCUUACCAACGUGUGCUGAUCGAACAUGUGAAGAUGACGCUGAAUGCGGCGGAAUAGGCGGUGAAUGUUGUAAUACAGUAGACAAGAGAUGUACAACAAAGCGGAAAUGUUUGAAAGCGUGUGAUGAUGGGUUAAAAUGCGUCCCUGGCACAUACUGUUGUCAGCAAACGGGUUUCGAUCCACAAAUAUGUGCUAAAAGCUGUGUUGGUAAAACGUGUAACUUCGACAGCGAUUGCGGUCCACCGGGAGAAUGCUGUACUGGCGGCGGAGAAUGUGCCAAGUCAUGCGAGAGCGGUGUACCUACAUGGCUGAUUGUAGUCUUUGUCGUCGUUGGUAUUCUUUGUGUUGUUGGUCUUGCUCUUGUCAUCUUUCACUUCGCACGACGAUCUCCCACUUGUUGUCGUAGACAAGAUUCACUUACACCCCUCGUGUCUUAG